AUGAACUCGAGCAUUUUGCUGAAAUCCACGGCGCCGGCGCGCGCCCUGGCGCACAACGCAGCGUCCGCUUGCAAGAUUGCUGGCCCCUUGAAGAGAUGCGCCAGAAUUCACACUGCGCCGUCGCGCGCAACCUCGCCAUCGGCCAAGCUGCCCGGCGCCAAAAGCACCAAUUUACCUUCACUAUCACGCAACUUCCAUACGACGAACAGGCUUUCUUCCAAAGAUCCGUACAAGGCCCUCGGCGUCGAUAAAAGCGCAUCCGCUGCCGAAAUAAAAAAAGCAUACUAUGGCCUUGCAAAAAAGUAUCACCCCGACACAAAUAAGGACGACUCCGCCAAGGAUCGGUUUGGCGAUAUUCAAUCCGCCUACGAAAUUCUAUCCGACCCUAAGAAGAAGGAACAAUUCGACCAGUUCGGGGCCGCCGGCUUCGACCCAAAUGGUAAUCCUGCCGGCGGUGAUCCCUUUGGCGGAGCAGGCAACCCCUUCCAUGGCUUCGGUGGCGGUGGUCAAGGUGGCUUCGGUGGCGGCUUCAACUUCGACGAUAUAUUCUCCGCCUUUACAGGUGGUCAGGGCGGCGGACGGCGCGGCGGGCGCUCGAAUCCUUUUCAACAAGAGAUUCUCGUUGGAGAAAACAUUGAAGUACAGGCUAGCAUCACAUUCAUGGAAGCCGCCAAGGGCACAAGCAAAUCCAUCUCCAUCACACCAACCGUCGAAUGCAGCCCCUGUGCGGGGAGCGGCCUCAAAAGCGGAACCCAGCGCGCGCCUUGUAAAGCUUGCAACGGUACAGGAACGCGUCUUCAUUUUAUGCAGGGUGGCUUCCAGAUGGCUUCCACCUGCGGUACUUGCGAAGGCUCCGGCUCGACUAUUCCCAAGGGCUCCGAAUGCAAGACCUGCUCUGGCCAUGGUGUAGUCCGCGAACGCAAGACCAUCACCGUUGACAUCCCCGCCGGUAUAGAGGACGGCAUGCGGCUCCGCGUCGAUGGCGCGGGUGAUGCGCCUGCGACUGGUCGAUCCGCGGACCCCAACGCCCGCACACAGCGCGGCGACCUAUACGUAUUUGUUCGCGUUGCCAAGGACCCCAAGUUUACGAGAGAAGGCUCCAACAUUCUUCAUACCGCCAGCAUCCCCUUGACAACGGCCCUCUUGGGUGGCCAGGUUUCCAUCCCCACACUCGAUGGCACUGUCAACGUCAAGGUCGCGACGGGCACCAACACAGGCGACAAGAUCACGCUCUCCGGCAUGGGCAUGAAGCGCCUGGGAUCCCGACGGGGCGGCUCUGGCGAUCUGCGCGUCGAGUUCCGCGUCAACAUGCCCAAGUACCUCAGCGCCAACCAGCGCACCAUUGUGGAGAUGCUGGCCGAUGAAAUGGACGACAAGACCGCGCGACGAGUCAUGAAUGUCUCGCCUUCGAGAAAUGCGCCCCCUACUGACGAUGUGGCCUCCAACGAAAACGAAGGCUUCCUGAAGUCGGUAUGGCAUAAGAUGACCCACCACCCGGCGCAUCAGAACAAGCCCGGCGGCGAGACGGGUUCUUCUACUAAUGAGUCGUCGACAAAAACGAGCGACGUCGAAGAUGAGAAGAAAAAGUCAGAUUCUGCCUGA